AUGAUACCAUUACUAGUGCUCCCUUUACUGGUAAUGAUCAAUGCAAAGUCACUAACUAUUGUACCGUCUGACUCAUUUCACGGUAAAGAGGGGAAGGUCGAGUCUAGUGACUUCAUCAAGAAACCUAUUGAUGUGGAUUAUGAGGAUGAAACAGCUGUCUCAACUAUCCAACCAAGGACAAAUUUUCGGGUGGAUUUCACUAAAGUUAACGGUUCGGAAAUUGUCGCCAGUCGAAGAACAAUCUUUGAGGUGAUUCCUGUCGAUUACUUGUGCGAUUUCUGCAUAGCAGUCAUUGAAAAGUUGAAAUAUCGACAACAAGUGGAGAAGGACUUUGAGCAGAAUAUGCUGGAUGAGUGUUGGAAAUACAACCAGACGUCUCUUGAUGAUGGAAAUGUCUGUGAACUGAUCAAUAAGGUCACAUUAAAACGACUUCAAGAUGACGACGUUACGAAGAUAUGUGUGGACGAGAAAAUGUGUCCCGAUAAAGAAAAAGAAUUAAAAAAACAGGAAGAGAACGAAAAGAAGGAACGUGAAGAGGCAUCGAAACGAAAAAAGGAGGAGGAGGAGCGGAAGAAGAACGAAGAAGUUGAAAAUAUAAAAACCGAGGCAGCGCGUCUCGAAUACCAAAAGCGAAGGGAACAGGAAGAGAAGAAAUUAGCAGAACAACGAAGAAUUACGCAAACACAUGGUGAAACCGGCGAUCUGGAGUACGUUAUUGAUGAGGUUGGGAAAGCUGAAGACGAUAAAAACGACUACCUCGAAUACUCUUCAGAAAAACUGGAUACAGAAGGCGGCCAGAUUCGAAAUGAAACACAAGUGGAUGGGUUGUCAGCUACAGAGAAUGGCACUGGCCUUGAAAAGUCUGAGAAGCCACCAGUCUCCAAGAAACCCGAAAGUGCAACGAUAACAACUACACGUACUACAGUUUCGGUGCCUCUCAAAAACGAUGCGGUUAAAAUCGCCCCCGGAAGAAUUUCUGGAGAGGCCAACGUAUCGCCUAGAGGUCGAUUUUUCAUAGAUCGUACUGUGGAGUUGAAACUGAAUGUCGAGGAUCUAAGAAGGUGA